UGACGCAAGGCCGGGCCCGCCGGGGAGGCCGCGCCGGGCUGUCACCAGGGGGCACCGCCGCGAUCGCCGAGCACCGGGAAUCACCAUCCUGGAGGGACAACAACAACAACAACAACAGAGAGCCCCGGCCCGCGGCGCCGGCGGGCGGCGGGACCCGGCCAUGGCCCCCGGCUCCGGGCAGCGCUUCUCUGUCCUCCGGCACCGCUCGCCUGCCCCUCAGGAGCCCUAAAUCCACUACCGCGGUUUUUUAGCGUUAUUUUUUUUUAUUAUUUUUUUACUAUUUCGUUUUUUCCACUCUCUCCCCUCUCCCCCCCGCGUCCCCCCCUCGCGCCCCGGCCCCGCCGUGCCCGCACUCGCCGCGCUCCGCUCGGCCGGGCGGGCGGGCGCCGUGAGCGGAGCGGAUCGGCGCGAACAUGGCGACGGUGCCCGUCUAUUGCAUCUGCCGGCUGCCCUACGACGUGACCCGCUUCAUGAUCGAGUGCGACGCCUGCAAGGACUGGUUCCACGGCAGUUGUGUCGGUGUGGAAGAGGAAGAGGCACCAGAUAUCGACAUCUAUCAUUGCCCAAAUUGUGAGAAAACCCACGGAAAGUCGACCUUGAAAAAGAAAAGAAAUUGGCAUAAGCAUGAUACUGGCCAGAACAACAGAGGGAAGCCUGUGCAGAAUGGGAGCCAGGUCUUUAUAAAAGAGCUCCGAAGUCGGACGUUUCCCAGCGCUGAAGAUAUUGUGGUGAAGGUCCCAGGCAACCAACUAACACCAGAGUAUUUGGAAGAGAAUGGCUUUGCAGAGCCCAUCCUGGUGCCCAAGAAGGACGGGCUGGGCCUGGCUGUGCCCGCACCCACCUUCUACGUCAGCGACGUCGAAAACUACGUCGGCCCGGAGCGGAGUGUUGAUGUCACUGAUGUCACCAAGCAGAAGGACUGCAAGAUGAAGCUCAAGGAAUUUGUGGAUUACUAUUACAGCACAAACAGGAAAAGAGUCCUUAAUGUCAUCAACCUGGAGUUCUCUGACACCAGGAUGUCCAGUUUUGUAGAGCCUCCUGACAUUGUAAAGAAGCUGUCCUGGGUGGAAAACUAUUGGCCUGAUGAUGCUCUGCUGGCUAAACCCAAAGUGACCAAGUACUGCCUGAUCUGUGUGAAGGACAGUUACACCGACUUCCACAUAGACUCUGGCGGAGCCUCUGCCUGGUACCACGUGCUCAAGGGAGAAAAGAUAUUUUAUCUCAUCAAACCAGCCCCUGCAAAUAUUUCUCUGUAUGAACGCUGGCAGUCAGCAGCAAACCACAGUGAAAUGUUUUUUGCAGACCAAGUGGAUAAAUGUUACAAAUGCACCGUUAAACAAGGCCAGACACUCUUCAUCCCAUCAGGUUGGAUUUAUGCAACUCUAACACCUGUAGACUGCCUGGCCUUCGCAGGACAUUUUCUACACAGUCUAAGCGUUGAAAUGCAGAUGAGGGCAUAUGAAGUAGAAAGACGAUUGAAAAUUGUCAGUUUGACCCAGUUUCCAAACUUUGAAACAGCGUGUUGGUACAUGGGGAGGCAUCUACUAGAGAAAUUCAAAGGUUUGCAUAAAGCUGGACAGCAACCUCCUGCUCAUCUACUCCAAGGAGCAAAGAUUCUCAACGGUGCUUUCAGGUCAUGGACUAAAAAACAGGCUUUAGCAGAGCAUGAAGAUGAGCUACCAGAAAACUUCAAACCAGCACAACUCAUCAAGGACCUUGCCAAAGAAAUAAGAUUAAGUGAGAACGCUUCGAAAGCCAGCAAAGCAGACAUGAGUGCCAACACCACCACCGAGGAGACCUGUCCUGUGGAGAAGGAGGAGGCACCUUCACCUGUCCAAGUGACGCCUCCGCCCCCUCCCGCAGAAAAGCUCCCUAAAAAAAAGACUCCCAAAACUGUGAAAACCCCCAAACAACUCAAGCCAUCCAAACCCCCCAAACCUCCCAAGCCCCCCAAGCCCCCAAAGUCCCAAACACCGAAAGUGAAGGGAGAAGGCAAAAAGAAAGGAAAGAAGGCAAAGGAGAGUCCCCCACCAGCCAUCCCCAACCUCGACCUGCUGGAGGCACACACCAAGGAGGCUCUGACCAAGAUCGAGACGCCAAAGAAGGGGAAGGCUGCAAAGAAUGUUCUAAGUGUUCCCAAUAAGGAAUCUGCAAGCAAGCAGAAUGAGGUGGAGAAAUUUGAAGUCCGAGAGCAAAAUAAAAGCAAAACAGAAGCCAAAUGGAAAUAUAAGAACAGUAAACCUGAUUCACUUCUAAAAAUGGAAGAGGAACACAAAUCAGAAAAGACACCUUUAUCAGGAAAUAAGGACAACAAAUUUACAUUCUCUUUCUCUAAUAAGAAGUUGCUUGGUUCAAAGGGAGUCAAAACCCAGCUGAAUACUAGUGUGUUUGGGUCACUGCAGAAUUUUAAGGAAGACAAAGCCAAACCUGUACGGGAUGAAUAUGAAUAUGUGUCAGAUGAUGGUGAACUAAAAAUUGAUGAGUUUCCAAUCAGAAGGAAGAAAAACACUUCAAAAAGAGAACUGCCCUUUUUAUCAGAUAAAAAAGACACCCUGCAACACACUCCUGUUAAGAAGCCAAAGGUGGAGUCGGUACCAUACAAGAGCGAGGACUCGUCAGAUGAAGAUUUGCUUCACAUUGACACCGAGGCAAAGCCGGGACGUAAUUCCAAAGUAAAGAAAGAGAGUGGAAGUUCAGCAGGAAUUCUUGAUCUUUUGCAGGCAAGCAAGGAAGUUGGGGGUUUAGAGUAUAACACCAACAGCCAGCCACCUGUCCCCAGCACCCAGGAAGCCAUCCAGGGCAUGCUCUCCAUGGCAAACCUCCAGGCCUCAGAGUCCUGCCUUCAGACAUCGUGGGGCACCAACCAGGCGAAGAACAACUCCAUCUCCAUGCAAAACUCCAAAAAAACAGGCGGCGGCAACAAAAACGCCGGGAAGCGGUUACUGAAGAAAAGCACAAAGAACAGCAUCGACAUCGAGGAUUACGAUGAGGAUCAGGACCACUUGGACGCCUGCUUUAAGGACUCGGAUUACGCACGAGUUGGCCCCUCAGUGCCUCGACAGGACAGGCCGGUGCGAGAGGGCACGAGAGUCGCCUCCAUCGAAACCGGACUCGCCGCUGCCGCCGCCAAGUUGUCACAGCAGGAGGAACAAAAAGGCAAGAAGAAAAAAAAUACCAAAAAGAAGCUGUCAGCCCCCAACGCAAGCAAAGCGGCUCAGGAAGGCAGCUCGCCCGAGCCGAAGCUGGAGUCACAGGCCAGCAGCCUCACAGAUCACGAGUACACCGCAGGGGCCAGCACCUUUGGGGUCGCCCAGCCUAACAGGGGAUCGCAGCCGAUGGCACCCGGUUGUUUCCUCACACAGAGGAGACCCUCUUCAUCCUCGCAGAACAAUGCCUCCCCAAAGGGAAGCGCACGAAGGGGAUGGCCACGGCCAAGCAGCGGCUCGGCAAGAUCCUGAAGAUCCACCGGAAUGGGAAGCUGCUGCUCUAGUGGCUCUGGGGACACUGCCACCCAGCUCUGGGCCCCCCCACAAUAAUCCCUUUAACUUUCAGCGGUCGGACUGUACAGAAUCCUGCUAUAAAUAUUUUUUAAUAUAGAUGUCCUUUCUCAGAAUGCUGAGAGCGACUAGCCGCAAAAAGUUAAUACUAAUCUCGGCCACCGAGGAGUGUGUCGGUCCCCCCCGCUCUGGCACCGGCACCGACCCGGCUCCGGGCCUUGGGCCCCCUUCCCGCCCGGCUCCGAGCAGAGCGGGCGGCCGUGGCCGGUGUGGCGGCAGAGUCGGGAGAGCGGGAAGGGGCCGCAAGGCCUCGUGGCGGGCGGGGACCGCGGGCCGAGGCGCCGGGCUGGGAGGCGGCGGGCGCGUUUCUCAGGCACCCCUCUGCCACCCCGCCGCGUUCCCGGGCCCCCCUUUUCCUAGAAUGUAGCUUGUACAUAGCUUUUGGAAUAACCACCGCCGGGUUUUUAUACGGGAGGGUCUCUCCGGGCGCCGCCCGCCGGUACCAGCUCUUUGCGUAACUUCUUGUACGAGGAGGGAGACAGUUAUUUUACUAGCACCUUGUGGAGUGUUUCCGUGUUUUGUGACGAUGUAAUUUAUUAAUGUUUGUAGCUUUUUAUAUUUGUACAUUUCUUAUGGGCUUUGUUUAUAUACACACAUUACCGGGGCGCGGCGCCUGCGGGGAACCAGAGCCACCCGCCGCCGUGGCACAGGGCCACCGGGGCCACCGCCAGGGCCACCGGGGCCACCGCCAGGGCCACCAGGGCCGUGCCGGCCUAGGCGUCGCGCCGGCUUUUUUUAUUAUGAUUAUGAUUAUUAUUAUUAGUAUUAUUUUUUUCGCGACAUGUACAUUUCUAACAAAGUUUAUCGUGGCUAUCUAUCUAUGACGGUGUUUUAUUUACCGAUUCAUAUCAAAUGCUCUUGUAUCGACUUCACGAAAAUCUUAAGUAAACCUAGAGCAAAGUUUAAAAAAGAAGGAAAAAAAAAAAAAAAAAAAAGAAAGCAAAGUAAAACUAUUUCAGGUUUUGUACA